AAUCAGAUGGCGUAAGAGAGUUGCGUCAACUUAAAGCCACGCUGCAACCUAAAGCUAUCUCUUCAUAUAAAAACCUCUUCCCCCCAUUCCCUUCUCUCUCGCGCUCUCUCUCUUCGUCUUUGCUGUUUCCCCUUCUUGAUUUUUCUCUCACUAUCGCCCUCUGCUGCAGCUAACUUCAUUCAAUGGCUUUGCCAAAUCAACAAACUGUCGAUUAUCCGAGCUUCAAGCUCGUUAUUGUUGGAGACGGAGGCACUGGAAAGACUACAUUUGUGAAGAGGCAUCUGACUGGAGAGUUUGAGAAGAAAUAUGAACCAACUAUUGGUGUGGAGGUUCAUCCAUUGGAUUUCUUUACAAACUGUGGACAGAUUCGCUUCUACUGCUGGGAUACAGCUGGGCAGGAGAAAUUUGGUGGUCUCAGAGAUGGUUACUAUAUUCAUGGGCAAUGUGCCAUCAUUAUGUUUGAUGUUACAGCCCGUCUGACUUACAAGAACGUUCCGACAUGGCAUCGUGAUCUCUGCCGAGUGUGCGAGAAUAUACCCAUUGUUCUUUGUGGGAACAAGGUUGAUGUCAAGAAUAGGCAAGUCAAGGCAAAGCAGGUCACUUUUCACAGGAAGAAGAACCUUCAGUACUAUGAAAUAUCUGCCAAGAGCAACUACAAUUUUGAGAAACCUUUCUUGUACCUGGCACGCAAACUUGCUGGGGACCCUAAUCUUCACUUUGUUGCAACUCCUGCCCUUGCACCUCCUGAAGUACAAAUUGAUUUGGCUGCACAGCAACAGCACGAAGCUGAGCUUGCUGCAGCAGCUAGUCAGCCUCUCCCAGAUGAUGAUGAUGACACAUUUGAAUAGAGCACUUGGCUGCCUGUGAGGUGUUCAUCUUUUUGUGGUUCUUGGUGUCCAUAUUACAGCGGUAUUCUGUCAUUUUCAGAAUUAUUUCAUGGCAGGCUGUGGUUUUUAGGAUAGGACUCGAGAUACUGAGAAAACCAUACCAUAAAACUGUAGUACAUAGGGUCUUUAUAGUUGUUUGGGUUGUGCUUUCACUAUGGUAUUAUGGUAAAGUGAAUCUUGUUGUUUGGGUUGGGCUGCGGUGUUAGUAUAUUGGUGCAUGUGAUUUUAUAAAUUUCUGUUAAUUUUUGAAGCUUAAAGUUGGGAAAUUUGAGUUGUUA